AUGGCGCUAUACGGGACUUCCGACGCCUUGAUGUGCAGGGUGUUCCCGACGACCCUACGGGGUCCGGCCCGCGCGUGGUACAGCAGCCUGAAGGCCGGGACCAUCGCCUCCUUCGACCAACUCGCCAGAGACUUCGAGCUCAGUUUCCUGGCUUACGCUCGACCGAAACCGUCCGUAGCAUUACUCCUCGGACUCAACCAGAGGGAGGAUGAGCCCCUCUCCCAUUUUGUGAACCGCUUCACGACACAAAUUCGCGGACUGUCGGAUGCUCACCCCUCUCUAUUGAUGCAGGCAUUCAUGACAGGCCUGCGGCCUUCCCGGUUCUUCUGGUCCCUCGUGGAGCGACCCCCUGCCGUGGUUCCCGAAAUGAUUCAGCGUGCUGGCCAGUUCAUCGCCGCAGAGACGUGGAUGGCUGGGAAGCGGGAGGAACACAAGAAAGUCAAGACGGAGCCGCCCCGACAGCAGCAGCCCUCUGCCUCCCGUCGCAGGUUGGAUAGAUCCGACCCGAGGUCUCCUCUCCCUGUCUUGAGUUCUUCGCAGACGGAAAUACUUCUCCAUGAGAAGGGGAAGGGAUUACUCAAGGAGCCCCACCCGAUGAGGAGCCCACGAGAGCUCGCGGACCGCUCGAAAUACUGCCGUUUUCAUCGGCAGCAUGGGCACGACACUGAGCAGUGCCGUGAGCUAAAAUGGCAGAUCGAGGAGCUUAUCCGCCGAGGGCAUCUCGGCCACUACCUUCCGUCGGUCAAGGAGCCGUCACCUCGCCCGGAAGGCCCCGUUGAACGACACAUCGACAUGAUAGCCGGGGGGCCCGCAGCGGGGGGGGGCUCCGCGUUGGGCAGAAAGGCGUAUGCCCGGGCCGCUCCCGACGAAGCCUCGGGAUACGAGCCCGAGCCCGAGAUUACCUUCCCAACCGGAGCUGCCGAGCGACCUGACCACGACGACGCCCUGGUAAUAUCAUCCAGGAUAGCCAACGCGCAGAAGCUCGGCUUAGCCAAGGAAAGCAUGCGCCCGAUCGGUUCAACGCUCACCGGGUUCACGGGAGAGUCAAUAUCACCUUUGGGGGCCAUCACUUUGCCCUUAACCCUGGGCGUCCCGCCGAGGUCAAAAACGGUGAUGACCGCCUUUUUGGUGGUCGACCUUCCUACGGCCUACAAUGCCAUACUGGGACGGCCGACCCUCAAUAAAACCAGAGCCUUUGUCUCGACCUACUACCAAACCAUUAAAUUCCCGACUCACGCAGGGGUCGGAGAAGUCAUCGGGAGCCCCCGUGAGUCCAGGCGGUGCUACCUAACUGCCGUUUCACUACACAAGAGGACCAGGGUCGAGCCACCGCUGGAGGACCCGCGGGAGACAAAAAGACCGGCCCCUCAUCCCGAGCUGAAGGGGCCCACCAUUGAUGUACCAUUACAAGAAGCCCGACCCGACCGAACGAUCAAGGUAGGAUCGGAGCUACCCGAGCGGGAACGAGAGCAGCUCGUCGGACUCCUACGGGAAAACGCCGACAUCUUCGCCUAG